AUGUCGACCGAUUCUGCCGUUUCAAUUGGAUGGGAUGUUUUGAAGUGCUUAGUUGCUCCCCUCAAGCGUGGAUUCAGCUACGUCAUGUCCUCCAAGAGCUACGCCAACAAUCUUCAGAAGGAAGUCGGGAAUCUGGAGUACGAGGCUGAGAGGAUCCGCCAUGCCGCGGAAGGGGCCGGAAACAAUCUACAAAGUAUCCACGGAUGGGUCCCGGAGUUUCUGGCAAGUGCUGAGAAGGCCUUGAUAGAGGCGAUAGACCUGUUGGGCGAAUUCGAAAAGGCGACCAAGACUUGCUGCCACGGGACUCUUCCCGACCCCAGUUGUCGCUAUCAGUUCAGCAGGAAGGCCAACCACAAGACCGACGACAUUAAGAAGCUCAUUCUAGAAAACAGUAACAGGGAGAUCUCCUUCAGCGGUCCUGCCCCUGGUAAGGUCGCUGCUCUAAUUCCAGCUGGGAGAGAAGGCAAAGAUGUCGUCCCGCCGACCACCACAGCGGCGUCCGCUUCUUCUGUCGACUUCGAAUCCAGAGCUUUGAUGAUACAGAACAUCAUGGGCGCUCUUGUGGAUGACCGCUAUAGCGUGGUCGGGGUUCACGGGAUGGGCGGGAUCGGCAAGUCCACCCUUUUGACAUCAAAAGGAUUCAAGAGAGAGAUUGCGCAUGGGUUGGGCCUGGACUUCAAGAACGAGGAGUUUGUCAGCGUGCGCGCGAAGCGUCUAUGCGAGAGGUUGGAAGCUGAGGGGAAGAUAAACAAGAACAAGGUCCUCAUAAUACUGGACAACCUGUGGGAAAAGCUCGACUUGGAAUCAGUCGGCAUUCCCUGCGUACAUGACAACAAAGUUGUGAGGUGCAAGUUAUUGUUGACGUCAAGAGAUCAUCGUGUUCUGCGAAGGGAAAUGCACUGCGACAAUGCCUUCCUCCUUGGUGGGCUGAAAAACGAAGAGGCAAAAAGACUGUUUGAGACGACGGUGGGAGGCAAAGUACAAGUUGAGUUAGAACCCUUGGUGGAGGAAGCACUCUCCAUAUGUGCAGGUUUGCCUUUUCUAAUUCUCGCAAUAGCGAAACUUUUUAUAGACACUAGUUACUCUGAGUGUAAGGAUGCUUUGAAACAAAUCUGGAAUGAAGAAACCGGUGAGGUGAUAAAUAAGACGUUGCGAGUAAGUUAUGAUCGUUUAAAAUGUGAGGAGGCGAAGUCAUUAUUACGGCUUUGUGUUGCUUGUGGUGUCUCUAAGCCAUCUCUUGAAUACUUGGUGAGGUACGGCAUGGGUUUGAGGUUAUUUCGAGAAGCUAGCAACAUGGAAGAAGCUAGAGAUAGGUUGGGCUCACUGAUCCAUACUCUGAAAGCCUCCUCCCUUUUGUUAGAUGAUGAAGACGAAAAUGGUUUCAAGAUUCAUGACUUGGUUCGUGGGUUUGUUACCUCGGUUGCGUCAAGAGAUCAACCUCUUCUUGUAUUGAAAGAUCAAGAUAAGUUGAUAACAGAGUUGCCAGAGGAGAAACUCAAAAGUUGUGGAUCGAUAUGCUUUCCCUACACUGACAUGAAAAAGCUUCCCCAAGAAUUAGAUUGCCCUGAAUUGCAGAUCUUUUUGCUGUUCACAAAUGAUGAAUCUCUUGAUAUUCCAGAUUCAUAUUUCAACUCUAUGAGGAAACUCAUGGUCUUAAAUCUUACUGGGAUAUGUCUCACUUGCUCCCCUUCGCCGUUUCAGUUUUUGAAGAACUUACACACUCUGUGUCUUGACAAAUGUUCAUUAGAUAACGUAGCCAUUCUUGGGGAGCUGAAAAGGCUACAAAUUCUUAGUUUUGUGGACUCCAAAAUUCAGCGAUUGCCAAAAGAAAUUGGGCAACUAGUAGAGCUGAGGUUGUUAGACUUGAACUAUUGUUCAAAACUUCAAAUAAUUGAACCGGGUGUGCUUGGAAACUUGAUCAAAUUGGAGGAGUUGUACAUGAAGAAUAGCUUUGAUCAGUGGAAUGUCAUGGAGCAAACUCCACCAACUAAUGCCAAUAUGAUUGAGUUGAAUGACAUGAAGUAUCUCAAGACUCUGCAUAUAUCCAUUCCCAACCCAAGUGUGCUGCCAAGGGAUUUAAAAGUCGAAAAAUUAACCAAGUAUGAAAUUAGAAUGGGUCAUGGUUUUUGGUGGAAUGUAGAAGGAUCAAGGAUAUUGUUCCUCAAGUGGGAUCCAAUAAGCGAAAUGUUGCAGAAAGGAUGCAUACAAAGUAUCUUAGGCAAAACUGACAAUUUGAUUUUGGAUGGGUUGAAUGGAAUUGAGCAAAGUAUUUACGCAUUAUACCAAAAAGGCUUUCCAGAAUUAAAGCAUCUACAAGUCAUGAAUAUUCCCUCGAUCCAUUACAUCCUCCAAUCACCAUCCCAUAUGGAUUUUAAGACAUUGGAGUCAUUAUUUCUCAAGAAUCUCAUCAACUUAGAGAAGAUAUGCACCAACAAUAUCUCCUCCAAGUCCUUUAGUGCAUUAAAAGUAGUACGAGUUGAGUGUUGUCACAAGAUGGAAGUUCUAUUUCCUCUUUCAUCGAUGAGAGAACUUCCACAGCUAGAAAAGAUCAAAAUUGUCGAUUGCAUGGUAAUGCGGGGGAUUUUAGAAGCUAAUGAGAGUGGCAAAUUUGAGUUGCAUAAUUUGCAUGCAUUGAAAUUGCAUUACUUGCCAGAAAUCAAGAACUUUUUUAUCACUAGGUUAGCUCCUUCGAGUAGUACAUCAGAUGACCAAGUAGCCACUCAAAUUGCAUUCUUCAAUGGACGACAGGUGCACAAGAAAGUCGAAGUCAAGAUCGCAUCAAUCACGUCUACUUCACUCUUCAAUCAUGAGGUUGCAUUUCCUAACUUGGAGAAUUUAUAUAUCAAGGGCAUGGAUAACAUCGAGAUGAUAUGGCACGAUCAAAUUCCUGCAGAUUCUUUCUCUAAGCUAAAAUUGCUUUCAGUGAAAGAAUGCAAAAAGCUUGUGAACGUUGUACCUUCUUUCAUUCUAGGACAGCUCUUGAGCCUGGAAACUUUGAUGGCAAAAGCAUGUGAUUCCCUUGAAGUUGUUUUUAAGCUCCAGCCACUAAAUCAUCUAGAUAGAAAUAGUGUUGCUACAAAUUUGGUGGAACUCAUAGAAUUGAAGAAGGAUUAG